AUGGAAAUAUCGAUAUUUUACAGUGAUAGUGAUGACAGUGAUUUGGAGGUGCUGGCUCAAUUAUCCGAUUGGGAUACUGAUAGCGAAUCUGAAGAUAGACACCGCGCUUCUUCACGAAAAAUUAGAAGGUUGAACUACAUGCAGAGUCUGGAUGAUGCCGAGUUCAUGAACAAUGGGGUUUCGCCACUUCAUCAACUUUUAUUGACAUUACGAUUUUAUGCGUUAGGCACGAUGUUAAUUUCUGUAGCGGACUUUGUUGGAGUAUCAAUAUCCACAGCAGGUAGAAUAGUUCGUGAUAUAUCAUCAGCAAUUGCGAACUUAUAUGAUGAAUACGUUGUAAUACACCAACAAAGUGCUGAAAAAUUCUACCAUAUUGCAGGAUUUCCUAGAGUUUUAGCUGCAAUUGAUUGCACUCAUAUACGAAUCCAAUCGCCAUGUCAUGUAAUUGGUGAAGAAUUUAGGAAUCGUAAAGGUUACUUUUCCUUAAAUGUCCAGGCAAUCUGUGAUGCUGAUUUAAAAUUCAUGAAUGUGAUUGCCCGUUGGCCAGGCUCGACACAUGAUGCCACAAUAUUUAACAACUCAAUUCUCAGAGCCCAAUGUGAUGCAGGUCUGUUUGGUAACCGUUGGAUGCUUGGUGACAGUGCUUACCCAAACAGGCCAUAUUUACUAACACCUCUUAUAAAUCCUGUUACUGAAGCUGAACAGCGCUAUAAUGAAGCACACAUAAAGACUAGGAAUAUUAUUGAAAGAACAUUUGGUGUCUGGCAGCGUCGCUUCCCUGUUGUGGCAUUAACACUGCGUUUAUCAUUGCCUAAGGUUCAGGCAAUAAUAAUUGCUACCGCAGUGUUGCAUAAUAUUUGUAGGAACCACAACUUAGAGGAAGUUCCUUCAGAAGUGGAGCUGCCAAUAGUGGAAAUAAAUGAAGAUAUGUACUUUUCGGAAGUUCAAGAUGUCAGUGAAAGAGCAGCACUUGUAAAUAAUUUUUUUAGAUAA